CAAUUCCCUCAGAGCUCCUCGAAAGUGCUGCUUGUCAAUAUGGCUGUUGUCAGACAGACAAAGCGGAGAGGCAAAUAAUUCGCCUCUGAUUAGAAAUCCUUGGGAAAAAAAGAGUCGAACGGGGCACUGACAUCAAACUGCGUUAUUACCGGGCCUCGCUUUAAGUCGAGGUGAUCUUUUGAUCGUUCCUUCAAGUUAGAUGGUGAAGUGGACAAUAUAAACCGAGUUCAGCAUCAGGAUGUCUGACUUCAGCGAGGAGCCUCGCUUCACUAUCGAGCAGAUAGAUCUGCUGCAGCGGCUGCGCCGCUCCGGCAUGACCAAGCAGGAGAUCCUGCAUGCGCUGGAAACUCUGGACCGGCUGGACCGGGAGCACGGCGACAAGUUCGGUCGCCGCACCUCAUCCUCCUCCUCUUCCUCCUCCGCCUACAUGGUAGGCGGGACAAACAGCUGCACCAACAACUCUGCCUCCAACAACACUGCCUCCGCAACCACCACCUCUUCCGUGACGUGCAACGGCGCCAUCAACAAUGGCGAAGAUGCCGUCGGCGACCACUCCGCAACCACUGCCUCCUCUACGACCUCCAAGAUAUCCACAGCCACGCAGACGCAGUUUGGCAGCAACGGCGGGGGGCUCUCGCCCUCUCUUAGUAACAACUAUGACACCUCCCCACCUCCAGCGCCGCCGCCACCCUCCACCAUCUUGCCCUCACCUGUCUCACUGGUGGCGUUGUCACAGAAUGGGCGUGACAGUCUAGCUGCCACACCCAACGGAAAGCUGUCUCCUCCUCGCUACCCUGUCAACAGCGCCGCAGCAGUAAGAACCUUUGGGUUCGAGCCUAUAGAAGAGGACCUUGAUGUUGACGAUAAAGUGGAGGAGCUGAUGAGGAGGGAUAGCAGCAUGGUAAAAGAGGAGAUUAAAGCCUUUCUGGGGAACCGCCGGAUCUCGCAGGCUGUGGUGGCACAAGUCACUGGCAUCAGCCAGAGCAGAAUCUCCCAUUGGCUGCUGCAGCAUGGCUCCGAUCUGAGUGAGCAGAAGAAGAGGGCCUUCUACCGUUGGUACGCGCUGGAGAAAACGACACCAGGUGCCACUCUGAACAUGCGGCCGGCGCCAUUGCCUCUGGAGGAGAUGGAGUGGAGGCAAACUCCUCCUCCACUGGCCACAGCCCCGGGAACUUUCCGGCUUCGGCGGGGAAGCCGCUUCACUUGGAGGAAGGAGUGUCUGGCUGUGAUGGAGAGCUACUUCAACGACAACCAGUACCCAGAUGAAGCCAAAAGGGAGGAAAUUGCCAACGCCUGCAAUGCUGUUAUUCAGAAACCAGGGAAGAAGCUAUCUGAUUUGGAGAGGGUCACUUCCCUCAAAGUUUACAACUGGUUCGCGAACCGCCGCAAAGAAAUCAAGAGGCGAGCUAACAUUGAAGCCACAAUCCUGGAGAGUCAUGGGAUAGACGUGCAGAGUCCAGGAGGACACUCCAACAGCGACGACAUUGACGGGAACGAUUUCACAGACCAGGCAUGUGAUCUGCCAUAUUUUGACAAGAGACCUCUCAGCCGACAAUUUGGCCUUUACCGCUUGGAGCCCAGCUCCCCUACACAGGAUGACAACGCCGCUCACAGCGAGCACCAGGAUCCCAUCUCUUUGGCUGUGGAGAUGGCCGCAGUCAAUCACACCAUCUUGGCCCUGUCUAGAACCGGAGGGGUUCCCAGUGACAUCAAGACAGAAGUCCUGGAGGACGACUGAACGGCGAGAGGGGAGGAAGCAACAAGAGGCCAAAGGGAAGGAGGAAUUUUAAGGUGCAUUUUCCAGCGCAGGAACCUUACCUGGAAACUAGGAGCUUUUAGAGGACCCUUGUUUGUUUGGACCCCGGGAAGUAUAUCUAAGUUCAGUUCAUUGCUAGAAGAAGACCCCUACUUGAGAGGUAUUACAUACUUCAGGUUUAAAGACGAAAAAGUUCCUGGGCCUCGUAAAAGUACUUUCCAAAAAAAAAAAAAAAAAUCCAGGAACUAAAUUUAGGAAAUGGUUCCCAUGGUCCAAACACGCAACGUUCCUCCAAGAGUUCCUAAUUCCAGGGUGUUCCUUGUUCCUUCCGAGACCUUAUUCCUUCCCAAAGCGAACCGACAUGACUGAUCGUCUCAACUUCCUGAUGUAUUAACUAAUCGUACAACUAAAGAAAAAGGAUACUACCAUCCCUGAAAAAAAGAUAACAUAGAAGUCCUGGCCUUUUGUCACAACCAAGUUCCAGUUGUUUCCCGUCCUCUUCGUCCCCGAACACUCUCCUCUUCUUUUCCUCCCCCACACUCCUCCUUACCUCUUGCAGCCUGGUCGCCUGAGCCAAUCCUCACUCAGUCUCACUCAACCUCAGAGACAUACUCAAUAAAUGUGUACUGUAUAUAUGAUAGAUAGGUUCUUCUAGUUCUCAGUCACCCGAACCUACUGGUGUUCUACCUACCUACUCUCGCAACUCACCCUUGUUAUUGUGCAAUUAACGACAGGAGAAGCCUCUGGAUGAUGUCUUGUGGAGAGCGUCUCCUCUGUUAGAAUUUCUUUACCGGCCAUCCCAACGCUCUGAAUGUUCUCAGCCCCUCGCCGGAUGGAAUCGUUGCGGUUUUCUGCUAUCAAAUGCAAACCUGAAGAUGGUUAGCCUUAAGUUCAAACACGCUCACUACAGGACGGCUUUGCAUGUCAGGAAUCAUGCGUACUUUAAAAUGAUAAUUUUUUUUAAGUUUCCAUUCUGCAGCAGAAAGUCAACAAUCAUUGUGAUAUUUAGCUCGUUGAUGAAUUAAGUGCUUGAGGCAAUGAAGAAUCAGUUAAUGUGAUAAUCAAGCAAACGUAAGCUAUCUACUAAUGGAAUUUGUGCUUUUAUGUUAACGCCAUCCAUGCCAAAGGAAAAGAUGCUGUGAUGAGGUCGACUCAAAGUCGGCUCUCGGCACCACAGACUGGUCUGACUGCCAUCUUCAUGGACAUCUAAAGCCAUUUCUUAGAAUGGAUUUGGCAUAUGUUUUCUUGGGCCAGUUUGACCCAAAUAGGGCAAGUUGUAAUGCUUGCUGGCAGAGGCUGGAUGUAUAAGCGUGACUUGUCCACCUCUAUAAUGGCCAAAAGAAUGUGAUAGGAGCUUCUUUUUUUUUUUUAAUAAUUAAGUACAGCAAACUAAAACCCUAUGUGGAAUUGGUUUGGUCUUUGCCAAUGUAAUUAGCUCAAAGGUUAAACCACCACUUUUAAAUGCAGGUUUUCCUCACUGUGCGUAGCUCUCUCGAAAAAGGACAGAAGUGUCAUUUCUUUGAUGACGCGGCAACUUUUCAGUCACACUGAGCUUGGCACUUUUUGACCAAAGGAAUAGAUUUACAUCACGGGAAAAUGCUUAUUUGUGUUAUUUUGUUUCACACAAAAUUAGUGGAACAUAAUUUGCUCUAAAUGUUCUUAUAUUCACAGUGAAAAGUGAUUUAUUAUUUUUCUCAAGAGCAAUUCAUGGAACUGAAAAUACUAACAAAUAAAUGUAGCUUAUUAAAAUUACUAAAUGUACAUCGACAACAUUUAAAAAGUGUUUGCAAAUUUGCAGACAUUUAAAAACAGGACAAAAAUUAAUUUAGAUUAAUUGUUGAAUUAUCCUUGUUAACAUAACACUUAAACACAUUUUCCCAGUGUAAAACUAUUGCUUAUCAAGAGGCCCAGGAAAGGAAUAUGUGAUGAAAUAAUAGUUAUACUUGGGAACUGUUGAAAUUAACUGAUUUGGACGUAUCACAUCCUGUGUUUUUAAUGACAUCGAAAGUGUUUAUCAAAGCUCUCCUUCAUGCAUUUAAAAAAGGAUUUAAAAAGGAUUUUAAGGUAAAAAAAAAAAAAAAGUAUUUAUACUCAUUUUUAUGGCUAAUGUACAAAGUGUUUUGAAAAGAAUCAUGCUUGUUGUUAAAUUAAGCCUUUUUAAGUUCACCAGAUUUUUUUACAUGUAUUUUCUAUUGUGUCAUUCAUUAUUAGACUGAAUGGCAGUCUUCCUGUUUGUGUCUGACUUACUUUGUGAAAGACAAAUAACAAUGCACCUUACGAGGAAAAUGUUAAGCUUUUGACUUCAACUUGAUGUGAUCUUGUCCCUUCCCCUGAAGCCAGACUGCAUUGUGAAAUGAGAGCGUUUGGAUGUUUCCUAUUGUGGGAGCACUGGCACAGAAAAAGAAAAUCACUGAAAUAUUAGGGCAAUAGUCCGGUCCAAAAAUAAUUGAACCCUCCUUCCCGGUUUUGCCUUGAGACCACCACAAUGGAUUUGAAAUAAAACAAGAUGUGAUUGAAUUCUAGACCUAAAGACCCUGUUUAGAGAAUUAAAAAAAAUGUGUUUUAUGUUUAGACAGUACAUGUUUGUAAAUACCAAUUGCUGAAAAUAUGUGCAAAUACUGAGAACUAAGUAGACGUUCAACUGUUUUUCACAAAGGUCUUAUAGCUAGAAAGUCAGUAGACCUUCACUACAUGUACAUUUACUGCACCAUUUAAGAAUGAUUAAUUCUAUAUUUUUUAUUUUGCUCAAAACAUUUAGAAAUAUUUUUUUUACCUUCAAAAAAGCCAUGAGUUGCCUUCAUGAUUUAUCUGUCAGAAAAUGUAAUUCUAGAACAUGUUUUUUUUCUUUUUUUCUCUCUCCCAUUCUGAACUUAAUCCAAUCACAUCAUGUUUUUCCAAAUCCAUUUGACUGUCAUUAGUUUUCCCCCAAACCCAAGAGUGCAAAAUGAUAAAAUCGUUACUUGACCGUUGAGGAAAAAAAAUCGCCAUGUACUUGUGCAAGAUGACCUUGGCACACUUAAAAAAAUAUAUAUAAAGCUCACUUUGUCUUUGCCAUGCACACGAGUGCAUCUGGAGAUUCUCACCUGAAGCUGCUUUCAAAUAAAUUGUUUAUAUUGUUUCAGAGAUUAAAUAGCAGUACCAAUUUAUAUCCAACAGUAUUUAACCUGAGUGUUCAAGCUUGGCAAAGGCCAGUACGGGAUGGACGAAAUGAGUGCUCAAGGACUGAAUCGGAUGUAUUUCAUUUCCAGUAAGGUGGCUGUGCUGAAACAGAGGCUGUAACCCUGACGCUGAUAUCUUCCCCCCACACAUACAAAAAAAAAAAUCCCCAGCAUCAAUACGUACUCCAGUCGUAGUGGUGCUUCUCCAGGGAUGUCCUCUCGUGGUACGUCAGGGUUUCCAUGUUACAGGUCCCUCCUCCGUGUCCCCUGUAAAACGCCUCAUCCGAAUAUAGCUCAGAAAAAGAGGACUGAAUGCUGUUGUUUCAAUCUCAAAAGCUAUGUUAUGUUCAAUUUUAUUGUAUUGCCCAUUUUGAAAUUUAGUGCCUUUUUUGGACAGUAGACUGUUCUGUAAUUAAGAUGUAGUAUAUAUACAUUUUUGUACAGUUUCUUUGUUCAUUUUUUUUAACUUGUGUUUAUUUUUAGUAUGAUAUAUAUACUGUACAAGAGAAUAAAGCUAUAUCACAGAAA